AUGGCCGUCUCUGAGGUGUCUGCGCAGCCAAAGGCUGUUCCCCGCUGGCGUCUGAUUUUCGACCAAGGAUGUCUCUCUGAGAGCAUCAUCAAUGACCAUUACGAUGGCUCAGGCACGGAAGAAGACCCCUUCCAAGUGUCAUGGUCGGAAACAGACGAGCGGAAUCCUAUGAACUUCUCCGAGGUGAGCAAGUGGCUGAUAACGAUUUUGGUCGGUGUGUCAACAUUGGCCGUCGCGCUGGUUUCAUCUGCAUACUCAGGGGGUAUCAACGAAGUCAUCGUCGAUUUCCAAAUCAGCGAAGAGGUCGCCAUUCUGGGCAUUUCGCUAUUCGUCAUUGGCUUCGCCGUCGGACCUCUGGUUUGGGCCCCUCUGAGUGAGAUCUACGGUCGUCGCUAUAUCAUGAUCGCCAGCUCAUUUGGCUUGACGGCCUUCACAGCUGGAGCAGCUGGAGCGCAAAAUAUCUGGUCACUCAUCAUUAUUCGCUUCUUUGCCGGCACUCUCGGCUCUGCGCCGUUCGCUGUUUCUGGUGGCGUUAUUGCAGACACUUUCCCGAUUAUCAGUCGUGGAUUGGCUAGUGGGCUCUAUUGCGCGGCUCCGUUUUUGGGUCCAACUAUUGGCCCCAUAAUCGGCGGGUUCCUGUCCGAGUCUGCGGGCUGGCGUUGGGUUGAGGGCCUUCUAGCCGCAUUUGCGGGUGUGUUAUCAAUUGUUAUGAUCUUUACUCUACCUGAAACAUACGCACCAGUUUUGUUGCGAAAGCGCGCCGAGCGGUUGUCUAAACAUUCCGGUCAGAUUUACCGAAGCAAGGUCGAUGUUGAGCAGGGUAAAAAGUCCCCGGCGGAGGUGCUGAAGAUUGCUCUCUCGCGACCAUGGGUGCUUCUGUUCCGUGAGCCCAUCGUCCUUCUGCUUUCACUUUACCUCUCCAUCAUCUACGGAAUUUUAUAUCUCAUGUUCGCGGCUUUCCCCAUUGUCUUCCAGGUGGAGCGUGGGUGGAGUGAAGGACUCGGAGGUCUUGCCUUCCUCGGAAUCCUGGUCGGCAUCAUGUUCUCUGUGAUAGCCACAUUCCCAGCCUACUUCCGAUACAAGAAUAAGGUACUCUCAACACCUGGUCGGGUCUCCCCAGAAGAGCGUCUGCCGGAUUCCUUCUACGGCGCCAUCGCCCUGCCGAUCGGUCUGUUUUGGUUUGCCUGGACAAACUCUCCCCACGUCCAUUGGAUAGCACCUAUUGCAGCAGGUGUUCCCUUCGGAUACGGCAUGGUGAUGGUGUUCCUCCCCAUUUUGAAUUACCUGAUCGACGCGUAUACAAUUUAUGCUGCAUCCGUGCUAGCUGCGAACGCUGCGAUGCGGUCGGUCUUUGGCGCUGCUUUCCCGCUUUUCACCACGCCCAUGUAUAAAAAUCUGGGAAUCCACUGGGCUUCGAGUAUUCCUGCUUUCCUAGCCCUCGCCUGUGUACCUAUGCCCUUUUUGUUUUACAAAUUUGGUCCUGGCAUCCGAGCACGUUGUCACUACGCUGCACAGUCGGACGCUUUCAUGGAAAAGCUGUUUGGAAAGACCGUGCCAGUGAAGAAAAAUGAGAAUGAGGGGGCUACUGCUGAUGCGGAGUGA